GGAAUAGGAAGAUCGCUCGAACUGCUCUCGACAAGCCUCAAGUUCCUGGUACCGGCAGCCGGUAACCCGCGAUCGACUCCAAAACCGCUUGGCCGAGCAGAUCGAGCUCCGCCAAGGCGCUACCCAAUCUUUCGAGUUAGUACGGUAUCUAUUGGAAGGUGAUGGUGAGGCUGACGCUCAGAGAUAAUUUAGGGUGCCAUCUUGUAUCCUCUCGAAGAACUACGAGUAGACUACCCACUGCCUGCUUGGGGGGGCUCGGGGUCUGUGUGCACCCUGCAACCGCAUGUGUUGAAGUGCACUGGGUGCCGGCAGGGGGGAACUUUAUCCCGGUUGCACAGAGGAUGAUUCGCAGUCCAGGUGCAGGGCUCCUUCCGCUGUGCACAAGUAUCACACGAGUACGAGUACAGUACUGGCCGUGACGCGCAAGUCAUGUCUAACAUCGAAUAUCGGAGGUUUUCUCAAGAUUUCCGGGGGCCCUGCACAAGGUAGCCUCUGCCUAGGUGGGAGUGGCCAAGGUUUCUGCGGUUGCGCUGUCGUUGGGUGUCACACAAGAGUGACCUCCAGCCCCAACGUAUCCCGUUCUACUAGGGAACGGUUGGAUGGCACCCCCGCACUUUAUCUUUCUUCCUGUCCGUCCGUCCGUCCCUUGCUGGCGGUAUUUAAUAUCGCACUGCCUUUCGUGCACACUACCGGUAUACUCACAUGAUAUGGGUUGGGCGUGUAUAUAACUUCGAGCACCCCCUCCUUGGGCAAUGCCUUAUCCAUCACCGACACACCAACACCAACAUCACCACUCUCAUCAUCAUGGGUAUAUUAAAUAUCGGACUCGUUACCUCCGCAGUUUACCUGCUCGGUGCGUGGGCCGCGUACCUUGUGCUACUCGUUUUCUAUAGGCUCCAUCUGCACCCUCUGCGACGGUUCCCCGGACCAAAGAAAGCGGCGGCGACGGGGUGGUAUUCUGCGUAUUGGGACCUCUACGUAGGGGGGCAGAUGGCUAAGCAUUUGGUGGAUUUACACAAGGAAUAUGGUAAGUUCUGGUUUAGCUGCGCUUGGAUGAUCCGGUGCUAACGCAGGAUCCAUUCAUCAGGUCCAAUAGUCCGCUUUGAGCCAAACCACGUAAAUCUCCCUUUUUCCCGACGCCCCUGCUGAGGUCUGGGUCUGCCAACCCACCCCAGAAUGGCGCUAAACACAAAUUUUACAACAGCUCCACUUCUCUUCCCCGGAAGUCUACUCCACAAUUUACAGCUCCACCAGCAAGCUUACCAAGGAUCCAAACCUCUACCUCAGUUUCGGCGCGCCCGAGUCCGUCUUCACGCUGCUCGACCCUGCCAUCGCACGGACCCGGCGGGAGGUGAUCUCACCAAUGUUCUCCCGGCGCAUGGUGCUCUCGCUACAACCGCUGAUCAGCGGGAAGAUCCGAAAGCUUUGCGACAAACUCUCUGGCUACGCGGACCGCGACGAGGCGGCGGAUAUAGUCUCUGGAUUCCGCAGCGCAUCGAUUGACAUUAUCACGCAGUAUUGUUAUAACGAGUGUCUUGACUCCUUGGACGUGGAGGGUUUCAAGCAUGAUAUCGUGCUAACGAUCAAAGCUACUAGCCAGAGUUUCUGGUUCGUGAAGUACUUUUCACUAGCGGACUGGAUUCUCACCUUGCCGACCAAAGUCACUCUCCGCCUUUUACCGGAGCUAAAGGGGUUUGUAGAUCUUAGAGAGGUACCGCCCCCGGAUAAGUGAAUGAGUGAAUGGAGUUGACGGAAGCCCUUGUGUGUGCAUGUGUAGUCGAUUGAAGAGCAGGUAAAGCGGUACAUGAAGAACCCAAGUCUUCUCGAGAAAUCCUCACAUCCAACGGUAUACCAUCGCUUCUUGGACCCGGAGGUUAAGGGCGGAAUCCCAAGCGCCAGCAGUCUCAGCGACGAGGCUCAGAACUUGUUUUUCGCUGGGAGCGAUACAGUUGGCACAACGUUGGGAUUCGGAACGUACUAUAUUCUCGCGACGCCCGGUUUGCAGGAGAAGCUCUUCGCAGAGAUAUGCGAGGUAUGGCCCGUGCUUGAGGAGGAACCUACGUAUGAGCACUUGGAGAAGUCGGCGUAUCUCGUAAACCCCCUCCUUACUCCCCACCUUAAAGGAAUUAAAAAAAAACCCCCCAGGAGAUAAGUUCUAAUAGGACAGUUAGACCGCUGUCAUAAAAGAAAGCCUACGGAUAAGUCACGGCACUGUAGCACCACUAUCUCGUGUAGUCCCCGCUUCCGGGAUGACAAUCCAAGAUCAGCCGAUCCCGGGUGGAGUCUGUGACCCCCCUCCUCCCCCUUCCCCUCCAGAAUAACACAAAACUAACAACUACUAGACGGUAGUAUCAAUGGACGCGCCCACACUCCACCUAAACCCGACCAUAUUCCCAUCGCCAGACACCUUCCUCCCAGCCCGCUGGCUAGACUCCAACGCCAAGGAUUUGGAAAAGUACCUUGUAGCGUUCAGCAAAGGACCGCGAGCAUGUAUUGGAUCAAAGUAACCACCCCCCCCAACAUUUCCUCGCUGGACUUCCCAGGCGCUAAUGAUGAUAGCCUCGCUUGGGCCGAGUUGUACAUUGCCUUCGCGACCGUGUUCCGGAGGUUUGAGAUGGCGGUUUGGGAGACCAGGUAUGUUGCCCCGCCGGUAUUACGUACGGGACGGAAACUGACAAAGGAGUAGUAAGGAGGAUAUGGAAUGGAUAGAUUGUUUCACGCCGUGUAGCAAGGGAGAAUUGAAAGUGAAGUUUAAGAUUAGAAGGGAGUAGCUAGGAGGGGGGGGCGAGGAAAUAGUUGUGUUGGUCACUCUACUCUACUCAUGUAUUUCUUUUUUCUUUUCUUUUCUUUUCUUUAAUACGAUUCAUGAAGUUUAAGCUUAUUACUUUGGACCGUUGGGGUUGUAUCCGGUAGUGUAAUCCAGUCCCGAACUGGGCCCGCAGUAUCAAUUCGUGCGGGGGCGAUGGUUAUCCCGUCACGGAGUAUUACAGCUCAAGAGGCACCGGAACGGCUCCGUAAAGUACUGUACAAAUCAACGCCCAUCACACAUCAAUUCUCGCGGAAGCUCAAAACGGGACUGGAAGAAUAACGAGUGAC